GGGUUCUAACAUCUACACCCAAGGUGAAAUGCACAGAGAUCUAAAGUGCUGCCAGUCGUGUCCGGACACAUCCACCUAGCCACUUAGCCACCCCUUCCAUCUGACAGGCAAGGGCUGACCAUCCAUCACCACGCCGGCUGCUGCUGCUGCUGCUGCUGCUGCUGCUGCUGGGACUCAUGCUCCAAACACAGGCUUUGCUUGGAAUGAGGCGUGAUUGCCUACAUCAGUUCUUCCAGCUCAGCCUCCAGCCCUGCCUCCUGCCACAGUGAGGGCUCCGAGAAUAGUCUCCAGUCCUCCUCUUCUGUUCCAUCUUCGCCAAACAGCUCCAACUCUGACGCCAAUGGCAAUCCCAAGAACGGCGAGCUCCCCAGUAUUGAAGGCAUCCUGAAGAAUGAUCGGAUAGAUUGUUCCAUGAAAGCAAGCAAGUCAAAUGCACCAGGGGUAACAAAGAGUCACAGUGGUGUGACAAAGUUCAGUGGCAUGGUUCUACUGUGCAAAGUCUGUGGGGAUGUGGCGUCAGGAUUCCACUAUGGAGUGCAUGCGUGUGAAGGCUGCAAGGGUUUCUUCCGGAGAAGUAUUCAACAAAACAUCCAGUACAAGAAGUGCCUGAAGAAUGAAAACUGUUCCAUAAUGAGAAUGAACAGGAACAGAUGUCAGCAGUGUCGCUUCAAGAAGUGUCUGUCUGUUGGAAUGUCGAGAGAUGCUGUUAGGUUUGGUCGCAUUCCUAAGCGUGAGAAACAAAGGAUGCUAAUUGAAAUGCAAAGUGCGAUGAAGACCAUGAUGAACAGCCAGUUCAGUGGUCACUUGCAGAAUGACACAUUAGUAGAACACCGGGAACAGACGGCCUUACCACCCCAGGAACAGCUGCGACCCAAGCCCCAGCUGGAGCAAGAAAACCUGAAAAGCUCUCCUCCUCCCUCUUCUGAUUUUGCAAAGGAAGAAGUCAUUGGCAUGGUGACCCGAGCCCACAAGGAUACCUUUAUGUAUAAUCAAGAGCAGCGAGAAAAUUCAGCGGAGAGCAUGCAGCUCCAGAGAGAACGGAUGCCCAAGAACAUCGAGCCAUAUAAUUUAAAUCAUGACCAUUGUGGCAGUGGGCUUAGCAGUCAUUUUCCCUGUAGUGAGAGCCAGCAGCAUCUCAAUGGACAGUAUAAAGGGAGGAACAUAAUGCAUUACCCAAAUGGUCAUGCCAUUUGUAUUGCAAAUGGACAUUGUAUGAACUUCUCCAAUGCUUAUACUCAAAGAGUAUGUGAUAGAGUUCCAAUAGAUGGAUUUUCUCAGAAUGAGAACAAGAAUAGUUACCUGUGCAACACUGGAGGGAGGAUGCAUCUGGUUUGUCCAAUGAGUAAAUCUCCAUAUGUGGAUCCACAUAAAUCGGGGCAUGAAAUCUGGGAAGAAUUUUCGAUGAGCUUCACACCAGCAGUGAAAGAAGUGGUGGAAUUUGCAAAGCGCAUUCCUGGGUUCCGAGAUCUCUCUCAGCAUGACCAGGUCAGCCUGCUGAAGGCUGGAACUUUUGAGGUUUUAAUGGUACGAUUUGCAUCACUGUUUGAUGCCAAGGAGCGUACUGUCACCUUUUUAAGCGGGAAGAGGUACAGUGUGGACGAUUUACACUCCAUGGGAGCAGGGGAGCUGCUCAACUCCAUGUUUGAAUUUAGCGAGAAGCUGAAUGCCCUCCAACUCAGUGACGAAGAGAUGAGUUUGUUUACAGCAGUUGUCCUCGUCUCUGCAGAUCGAUCUGGAAUAGAAAACGCCAACUCUGUGGAGGCUUUGCAGGAGACCCUUAUCCGUGCACUAAGGACCUUAAUAAUGAAAAACCAUCCAAAUGAGGCCUCUAUUUUUACAAAGCUACUUCUCAAGUUGCCAGAUCUUCGAUCUUUAAACAACAUGCAUUCUGAGGAGCUGCUGGCCUUUAAAGUGCACCCUUAAGGCCUUUGUGCAUCGAAACAUGAGCUGAAGCUGACUGUGCAUUUGUGCCACAGUGCUUAUUUCUGUGUGUGUACCGUUCGUGGAGAUGAUGCAGGGUUGUAGGCUGCCUUGUCAGAUUGCAGCGGCUAUUGGAUUGAGAACUCUUCAGCCAUGACUUGGCACCGACCACAUCUCCCCGAUAGACCAAUCAGCUGUGUUGCACUUCAACUGGAGAAGUUACACUGAAUUAUACUCACAUUGAAUGUUUAGACUUUCAUCUGCCAAAACCAAAAACCAUUUUGAUCUCCCUGUGGUGUAACUACAUAACGCACAAUCAUAGGUCCAUGAGGACUUAGACCUUAUUUCUUUGUAGAAGUUCUGUUUGAGUGGUGGCUGACUUGGUAUUACCCCGAGACCAUUUGCUCUGGUAAUUAGAGACCCUGGGGGGUAGGAGAUCCACGUGUCUGUGUUUUGGUUUGCCACUGGUAACAUUUGGCCCCUGACAGGUUACUGGGUUGUGGAAAAUGAAAAGUCACAGUGUCCCUGAUUGCCCUGGGUCACACACUAAACCAUAUUUAUAAAGCAUACUUACCUCUUGGGAGAUAGGCACUAUGUAAAUAAGGUGAAAUUUUUGUUAUAAUUAUUCAUAAUUUUUUUCUAAUUUCUAAGCAUUUCUGGGGAAUCAUUUCACAGUUCACACCAGUCUAUUAUUCAGGGUUCCUGCAUAUGUGUGGGUAUCCUGUUGAUACACACAUAUUCAAAGUUUAUGAGUACAUCAAGUAUGUAGUAUUUGUACAUAAUAUGUAUGUGAAUAUAGCUAUACAUAAAUAUAUGUUCUUCACAAUAUUUUAAACUGUGAAGAACUCUAUCAUAAGACAAACUUAAAGCGAGAGGUGUCAGGAGACCAAGUUAGGUGCAUUUUACUUAUUGAUGAUGACAAAACCAUUGCGUUAAAAUGUUUGGACGGUAGGAUAUUGAGUUUGUACUGUUUUUGUUUACUUAAGCAACAGUUAAUGUAAAAGUGCAGCACGCCGUUGAGUCCAGUUUCAAGUGCGUGUCUCAGUUCCGCGUGGGUGCCAUCGUUGGUUCAAGGUACUAGUCAUUUACAGGUUCCUUCAGAUUCUUACGUCGCUGCCCCUUACGCGGAUGCUGCAGCUUCACGAUGACCUGAUUCUUUCUGGAAAACUGAUGUUUAAGGAACCUGUUUAUUGUAUCGUGUGUGUGCGUGUGUGUGUGCGUGUGUGUGUGCGUGUGUGUGUGCCUGUGUGUUCUGAGUCAAUUUUUUUUUUUUGGUUGUUGCUUUGUUUGUUUCUAAGUAACACCACAGGGAUUUUGUCAAAUUGGAUUUAAUGUAUAAUUUGAAAAAUCAUUUAGCUUGUGACCUCCAGGCUUAGGUGUGGCAUAGUUGGAGACAUUUCAUCCAUAUUGCUUAGAGGGCUCAGUCUGUCUACAGCAGUAGGAGAAAUAGCCAAAAUUGAGGAGUUUAUGUAUGUUUUUCUGUUCCCCUAGAAAAUAGCAAUUAUUUUAUUUUGCAUAAAGAUUGCCUUCUAUAUAGUACUUAGAUUGUAUUAAAUGGUGAAAGAACAGCCCACUUUACCAAGCCUGUGACGCGAGAGCAGAAUGCCUUAUCUUGUAAUCUUGUUUAACUUGUUGCCACUGGGACUUGAAUUUCUGUGGCACUAGUUAAGUAAGUUAAAAAGUUAAACCCUCUCAUUAUUAAAGAGGAAAGGCAAUGGUGACGUCUAUAAUACAAUGAAAACAUAAUUGCAAUUUACCUUACGUAGGUAUGACUUUCAUGGGAUAUACAGUAUAGUUUUUGUGAAUUCUUUACAUGAUAGCAUUAUCUUUUUAUAUUUUUUUUCCUAAGAUAACCAAAUGCAUAGUUUUCUUCUGUAGGGGAUAGAAACAGCUUUCUGAAGUAAUACUGAAAACCUCAAAGACCAUAUUCUUAAUUUUUGCCUUUUGCAUAACAUGUAUCUUUAUAACAUGUAUCUUUAAAACAAUUAAGUCUUCAGAAACGUGUAACCAGAACUAUGAUAGAAUCGCUUAUGAAACUUUAGUUAGAUUCAAUAUAAAAUACAUGUAUACAUCUAUAUAUAGGUAUAUAGAGUCACAUUUUGUCUUGUAAAAUUUCAUUUGAAUAUUCUUCCCUUAGGUAAUGGGAGACAAAAUGAAUGGUUCAUAUGCCACUUGUAGCAUUUCUGUAUUUGCAGAUAGCCCAUUAUGAAACUCCUAAUUCUAAAAUUAAACCAGCAGCCUAUUGAAGCACAUUGUUGACUGAGUCUGGUUAUAAACCUGUCGGAUGCAGAGGAGAUGAGCAGUUGGGGACAGUGUUGAUCGAUGAAUCCUGUACUGUAUGAAUUCCGUGAUGCUUUAACUCUGAUUUUAUACUUCCAAGUUGAAAUACGGGCAUUAUGUUAGCAAACUUAAGGGCAUUAUGUGAGCAAGCUGAAACUGUUGUUCUCUUCCCCCUGUGUUUUCAGUGUGUCUCUACAUGGUCUGAGAGAGGAUGUAAGCUGAUAGAGCUGAGGGGAAGACGCGCCCCGUGGGGUGAACUCUGCCUGGAGGUGGUGAUUCUGUUGCACACUGCGAAGCGAGGAGGGAAUGUCAGUGCAGAACAUGUGUGCUUUCAUAUCUGUAUUUCAAAAAAUCACCAUUGUAACUUGAUAAGAGAUGAUUUAUUUUAUGUAAACAGCAUUGCAAAGCAACGUGUAGAAGCUCGGCUAGACUUACUGUGCACGAGAGUAAACACCUAUCCGAAAUAUUCUUGUUUUUCCAAUAUAAAGUUUGCUGAAUGUACAAGAAGAGUUUAUCACUUAGGAUAUAGAAUUUUUUUAGGGGUUGGGGGGAGGGCUCUGUGAGAAAAACUGUUGCCUAGAAACAAAGCUUGUCUUGAUUUGAUCCAAAACAUCAAACUUGAAUCUAUUCUUGCAUUAACAUGGAAAGAUAAAUGGCUAUUGCUUUAAAAAAAAAAAAGGCUAGAAAUAGAUUGUUAAUAGGUCCUGAGUUAAGUUUAUUUUCUACAGACUGUAAAUGUUGAGGACUUGGACAAUAUCUUCUUGUUUCCAAGAAAUAACCUGUACACAGGGGGCAAGUAUAAUAAAUACUAUUUCUAA